AUGAUAUCACUUUAUUAUAUUCUAAACUUUCUAUUAAUUAGCAUAUAUCCAAUUUCUAGAAUUUUUAGACUAUUAAAUUUCUUUAUUUUGGAUGUACCAGAUGAAUUAGGUACUACAAGAGAAAACUCAAUAUUUUAUACAAUCAUGGCAUUUGCAGUCAUAAAAUACUUAAGAAGUUAUUCUACUAUAUAAUUUUUGAGCUCACUUUUUUUUACAAUAAAAAUUGCAUUAAUAACUAGUUAUUUAUUUGUAGAUACAAAAAUUAGUAUAUUAUAUGGAGGUGCUUGUUUAGUGAUAUUUGUAUUAUGUAGUGAACCUAAAUUUAAUGGCAAAACAAAAAUAUAAGAUAUUGAAGAAAUUAAAGAAUUUGAAGAAGUUGUUGGAGUUAAAUUUAGAGAUAAUGAAGAUGGAGAUAUAAUUGAAGAAUUGAAUGAGAGAUUUAAUAAGAAAUAAAAAGGAAAAGAAAAAAAUAAGAAAAUAUAAAAUUAUAAAAUGACUGAAAUGGUAUUUGCUGAAUUUUAUGUUGAUUGGGCAGAUACUUGUAAUUAUGUAUUAUUUAUAUUUAUUUCAAGACUAAAGAAAUUUGGGCUAAUUUUUCAUGUAAAUAUACAACAAAAGGAUUGAAAUUUAUUUCAAUAAACUUAGCUAAAAUACCAAGAUUAGCUGAAUGUUAUAGAAUUAAUACAAGUGCUAUGUCCAGAUAAUUACCAACUGUAAUUCUUUUUGAAGAUGGAGAAGAAGCAUAAAGAUUUCCUCCAAUUGAUGAAAAAACAAAUAAAAUACCAAAAGUAUUAAAGUAUGGAAAGAAAGAAUUGUAAAGUUACUUUGAUUUAGAGAAAAGAUAUCUUGCUACAAGAGAUUUAUGAGAG